AUGACCGUUAGGGAUCAGACAUGCUCAUCUCACCUCUCUGGAGCCAGUACCCCCUCCGGUCCUAGUCCCGAUAAAUCAUCUUGUUCUCCUGCUGUCCCACAAGCAUCUUGCUUGAGUGCUUUCUUUCUUGGCUGCUGCUAUCUUGUCCCACCAUCGGCUGGUCCCCCUUCACCAUCGAAGACUCCCUCACUUCCUAGUCAAUCCUCAUCCAGCUCCACUCCUACAGCAGAAUUAGGUAAAGCCCCUUCAGAAUCUUUGACUGGCGUCAGUCCCAGUCUUACAGUGACAUCAACACUGUCAACACUUCCAAAAUCCGACUCUAGUGAUUCUUCUCAACCACACCUUGAAACUGGAUCAAAUCAUGCGACUGAGGAAGCUGGUGUUGAGGGUCCAUCAACUCCUACCUUUACGGAUAUACACUUGGCCCUGCGUAUUUACACCCAUCGGCCUGCUGGGUCUCUCAUCUGCUUUGAUGGAAUGUGA